CUCGUGCUACACUUGAUGGAAAAGCAACCGGAAAGAAGCAGGAAAGAUGGCGGAAAACCGAAACAAGUCAGAAAUGAGUUGGGAGAUUACUUACGGGUACGAUCGCGCGUCGUGAGUCUGCGCUGCCCUCAGUGGAGAAUGCGGACGGCUAACGUACUUGCCAUCUGUUUCCUCUUGGUGGUAACGCAAUUCAUUUCUGGUGGGGACUGGCGCCUUUAUCGAGUAUUGUGUCCAUCACUUUAGUAACUUCGUGGUUAUUUAAAAACGAGUUGAAUUUGAAGAGCGGCACGGUAUGUAGUGAUAAACGCAAACAAACAAUUGUAAAAUGGAUCAAUUGCAAAGUGCAGUAACUGCAAUUAAAGUUUUGCGAUCGUCGGUCGGCCAAGUAUUCGACUCGUUAGCUAAUGGGAUUCGUUCCGAUCUCGGGGAAGAAAAUAAGGAAACCAAGUAUAUUUUAGAGCUUCAAGAACUGCUUACUACAGUUAGCGUUAACCUAAGGGAUGUCGAACAAGCAGUAAGCGGGUUAAAUCCACCACCCGGACCAUUUAAUUUAGCCAGCACGACAUAUCUAAGUCAGGAAACUACGCAGGAACGGCAAGCUCUCUACGGCACUCUCGUCAAUAGUUACAAAUGGACGGAUAAAGUUCACGAAUACAGCAAUGCUGCGCAAAUUUUAUUAAGCCAAAAUUCGUUGAAACGGUCGUACACUAAUUCUAGCCGUGCCAAGAGGGGCAGGAUACAAACUAGUAGUCACAAUGUUCCGCCACAACAAGUCGACUCUAUGAUCGCAACGUUUGAUCGUCUUUUCAACGAUAUGACGGUAUCCGUGUCUCGUCCGUUUGCAUCGAAUGCAGUUUUGCACGUGACAUUGGGACACGUUUUAAAAGCUGUAAUCGCUUUCAAAGGUUUAAUGAUCGAAUGGGUCGUCGUAAAGGGUUACGGAGAAACCAUGGAUUUGUGGUCGGAAUCGAGGCAUAAAGUAUUUCGGAAGGUGACGGAAAAUGCACACGCAGCUAUGUUGCAUUUUUACUCACCUGCUCUACCCGAAUUAGCCGUGAGAUCAUUUAUGACGUGGUUCCACAGCUUCAUAAAUUUGUUCAGCGAGCCCUGCAAACGAUGCGGCUUACACUUACACAGCGCGCUACCUCCCACCUGGAGAGAUUUUCGAACGCUGGAACCGUACCAUCAGGAAUGCAAGCCUUAAUCGACGACAAUUUCCUUCCAUUAUCUAUGAUUAGAAUAAGACAAACUAAUAUCUAAGACCUAACGAUUACACGUUCGUACACGCUUUACGAAGAGGAGCCUUCGGGCGAGGGGGUAUU